AUGAGUGCGCCAUCAUUGCUUCGACACGCAUCGCUUGUACCGUCAGUCGUCCGGUUAGCAUCUCGAUCCUCAAGACCCCGCCCAUGUAUCGUUGCGAAAUGGCUCGGCAGUCGUGGCCUCACCACCGCGCCCGACCAUCUCCAGGACGCCGUACCACUUCGGAAACAUCUCAAGGAUGAAGCAAAAAGGAAGAAGUUGGAGUCACGGCACGCUACUGGCCAGAAAACAGAUGCUAGCUCCCUGAGAAAAGAUGCCGUAGAUCCGCUGUUGGAAAAGUGGGAAUUGACGGUGGGGAUUGAAAUCCACGCGGAAUUGAACACGGCUUGCAAGCUAUUUUCUACGGCGUCUGCGUCGGCUCCUGCUGGGGCGGAAGAGGAGGGAGAUGUAGCCAAUGCUCGCGUGGCAUUGUUCGAUGCGGCAAUGCCUGGCGCACAACCACAAUUCCAAAUCGCAACGCUAUUGCCAGCGAUCAGGGCUGCGGUGGCAUUGGGCUGUACAGUGCAGCGCAAGAGUGCUUGGGACCGGAAACAUUACUUCCAUUGGGAUCAACCAAAUGGAUAUCAGAUCACGCAGUAUUAUGAUCCGUUUGCGAAAGACGGAAGCAUCACUCUGACAGCCGAUGAUGGCGUCCCACAAUCGGACCUGAAUGGUGCUGACUCUCUCACAAUCGGCAUCAAGCAACUACAGAUGGAGCAAGACACAGCCAAGACGACUCAUCAUCCACCUGCAACGUACCAUAUCGAUCUCAACCGAUCGGGUCAUCCGCUUGUCGAGAUCAUCACUCUCCCGCAAAUCCAUUCGCCACAGACUGCUGCUGCUGUCGUACGGAAGAUCCAGGCAAUCCUCAGAAGCGUCGACUCGUGUGUGACUGGAAUGGAAUUCGGAGGGCUCCGAGCGGAUGUAAAUGUGUCAAUUCGCGAGCGAGGCACAGAUGGCACUGCAUCAAGCUAUGCCGGAGUCUCUGGUCUUGGUCAGCGCACCGAAAUCAAAAAUCUGUCAUCGUUCAAAGCUGUUGAGGACGCCAUUGUCGCUGAAAGAAAUCGCCAGAUCGGCAUUUUGGAGGCCGGCGGAGUGGUUGCGGGAGAGACACGUGGUUGGACGCUUGGUGCUGCGGAGACGACUCGUCUGCGUGGAAAAGAAGGCGAGGUGGACUACAGAUAUAUGCCGGAUGCGGACCUGCCACCGUUAUUGAUCAGCCCCGAGCUCGUGCAGCAUUUGAAAGAGACACUGCCUGAGUUGCCCGAUCAGACUGUGACUCGAGUUCAGAGUGCCUACGGAUUGAGCCUGAAAGAUGCGAAGACGCUGGUGAUUCUAGAUGAUGGUGACAGAUUGGAGUAUCUUGAGGAAACAGUGGCGCUCAUCCUCGAACGAACUUCGGCUCCGUCGCCAUCCCACCAAGACAACUCCACAGAUGCCACACAGCAUUUCGGACGCAUUACCGGCAACUGGAUCCUCCACGAGAUCGGUGGUCUGCUCUCCACCGACUCUUCCUCCUCCGACGGGACCUCCGACACCUGGGCGACCCUCACAAUCACCCCGACCGAGCUCGCCGCCAUCCUGCUCGAACUCCACCACCACCAGACCAUCACCACCCGCGCCGCCAAAUCUCUCCUCUCGACCUUGUACCCCACCCCAGCCGGUCCCUCCCGCCCCACCGUCGAGCAACUCAUCCUCGAAGGCAACAUGCGUCUCCGUCAACUCUCCGAUUCCGAUUAUGAACUUCUCGGGAAAGCUAUCAUCGACCAAAGCCCGGAUAUGGUCAAGGCGGUGAGGAAAGCGGCUAAGGCCGGUGGGAAGAAGGCUGAGGGGAAAAUUAUGUGGUUUGUUGGGCAGAUGGUCCGCAGAGGCGAGGAGGAGGGUGGUAGGGUCGAGCCGGAGAGGGCGAAGGGUGUUGUGGGGAGAUUGUUGGUGGAGAAUGAUGAAUAG